AGGAGGCAGCGACCUCUUCCUCUUUCUGUGGGGCAUGAUGUAGACACCCCCGAGGGCCCAGCCAGCACAUCCUGUCCCCUGUGUCCUCUGUGGGGCCCAGCUCCAGACAGGGAGGCUGCAGGACCUGAGCCAUGGCCCCCUGCUCCAUUGUCCUCCUGGCCCUUGGGCUCUGCCUGGGCCAGGAGAUCCACGCACAGGAGGGGGCCCUGCCCAGACCCUCCAUCUCUGCUGAGCCAGGCUCUGUGAUCCCCCGGGGGAGGCCCGUGACCAUCGUGUGCCGGGGCCCUGCUGGGGUUCAGGACUUUCGCCUGGUGAAGGAGGGAAGCUCCCAGAUCUGGGAUAAGAAGAACAGUUCACCUUCUGAGCGAGAGGCCAGGUUCCUGUUCCCCUCCAUGAGUGAGGACACUGCUGGGCGUUAUCACUGCCUCUACCUAAAGUCCACGUGGUCUGAGCUCAGUGAAGACUUGAGCCUGGUGCUGAGCAGGGAGGACGUCACCCAGGCCCCCACCCCAGUCCCAGGUCAGCCAUCAGGUUGGUCCCCAGGUCCUGGACCCUGUCCCAGCUGCCAUCCUGUCCACAGCCUCCUGCCCCCACCUGACCCCAGGCCCCUCCCUCUGCACAGUGUCCCCUCAGCCUUCAUGCCCUGAGGUCCCUGGAGCCCUGGUCUCAUGGGCCACUUUGGGUGAUCUGGACACAGGUCCAGCAUGGGGAGGGCAUAGAGCUGGCUCUGCUGCUGGGUGGGGAGGGGUCCCCAGAGAUGGCUGGGGGCAGACCCCUUCCAGAACAGUGUCUCUUCACUCAGAUGGAGGGUUCACUGUCCUUCCCAUGGGGCCAGAGCCUGGGUGGCUGAGGGUGACAUCUGGUGUAGUCCCCUCCCACUGGGCAGGUCACCUGGCCCAGGGAUAGCCCUGAUCACGACUGGAAGGGGCACUGGGGAAGCUUUGGGAUGUGAUGGUCCAUGUCCUGUGUGUGCUAAGUCUGGAGUUAGUGAUCAGGAGGGUCAGCCCAUCCCAGAGAGGGACAGGGGACAUUCUCCAUUUAAAGCCAAGUAUUCUCUCCCUUCUCUGUGAAUUCUGCUGUAACCCAGACAUCCUGGGGGCCAGAUGCACAGUGUCCAGGGGUGGGACAGAUGUACAGUGUCCUGGGGUGGGGCCCUAGUCAGUUCUGGGGGCGCUCACUAGUUUAUCCUGAGGCUUUGACUGGUCCCCAGUAUCCUGGGUACUUACUGGUGACACAGGACCACGUAGGUGAGGUCAGUGCCCAGACCCUGUGACCCUGUGUACUGGGUGAGGCUCCCCACACUGCGUGCCCAUGACCAGGACGUGCUGGUGAGUGCUGGUGGGUGCACAGCAGGAUCAGCUCAGGUGCCCUCUGGGUCCCCAGGUCUCCUUGCCCACCCUGGGGGUCUGCAAAGGUCACCCAUAAUCCAGGGUACAGGAGAGGGUCCAGGCAGGAGUUAGAGGACACUGUGGGAGGUGAGGGACGGUCCACAGGA